AUGGGCUCAAGCGUAAGCUGCUAUAUUACAUUGGAUUCAAACGAGAAAAUGUUUUACUGGACAGGUGAAGCCGUCAACGGUUAUGUAGUUUUAACAGUCGAUCGACCAUUGAAGACGAAAUCUAUCGAUGUUAAACUAAUCGGACAGCGUAUUAAUACUGAAGUCCACGGUUCGGGGAAAAAUAAGCACAUUGUAACAAGACAAAGGAAUUUCUAUGUUGAUUUCCAUCCUUUUGUGAUACAACCAGCACAUGGAAUAUCUUAUGAUCAAGAUGGAUAUUAUCUAGAACCAAAUACUUAUCAGUGGCCAUUUUCAUUGCAUCUGGUCAAAAAUUUACCUCCCAGCCUGUUUCGAGCCAAAAAGAAAAAGAUUACUACGUGGAUAAAUUAUUACGUGGCAGUUACUGUGGCUCGUUCGGGAUUGCAUCGAAAUGUUUGUGAAUUCGUUAAUAUUACGGUCGCACCCUUUGUUGGUAUACCACGACAUGUUUCGUCUGUCGAAAGGGUAGACGAGAAUAUCAGAGAUUUAUACAUACACGGGAUACUUUUACGUAAUUACUUACUGAUUGGUGAACCUUAUAUUCCUCUAGAACUUUAUAUUGACAAUCCAGGUAGAACAACUAUUAAAGAAGUUAUUGUUAAACUGGUACAGCUUCGUGAUUUAGGUGAUAAAAGUAGUACCGAAAUUAUUUUUGAAGAACUGUUACCAGGUAUUGAAGACUUUCAAAAUGACCACUUUUAUCAUACGGUUCAGAUUCCGAUGCUCUCGGCAACUGAGCUAUUUGCACCUUCAACAGUUUAUAAAUAUUCUGCAACACCUAGUGUGGUGUGGACCGUUAAUUAUGCACUCGAAAUGAUAUUUAAGACAAGAUUAUCUUUUACAAAUAUUACGCUCAUAUUUCCGCUAAUGGUUGUGAACGGCAGUCGCCCAUCACAUAUGUUAACUUCGCGACAUGUCUAA